UUUAUGAAGGAAGGCAUCGGACCAAAAGCAAAAACCAAACAUGUAAUCUGUCAGUUGAUCCGACUUUUCGAACUAUGGCAUCUGCGAUGGCGACAUGGACGCCAAGCUCUCUCCAGCUGAGGAUUGCCCUCAACUAUCGGAGCUUCAAAGCUGCUCCGGCGAGAGCGAAGUUGACGAAGCUCAGUCGCCGUCUACGGAUGUCAUGCGCUGCACAGAAUGCAGAAUCGGGUCGCGGGUCGGAUCGUUUUCGCGGGUGGGCUGAUUCAGGAGACGAUGAGAUGACUUCGGAUUCUGGCGGUGGCGAUUGGUAUAAAGGAACAUUGGUCUCUGGUGUGGCUGGAAUGGUUCUCUUCGUUGGGCUAGCUUUCGCGGCUCUAUCUUUCAAGGGACACGUGUUAACUAGACCAAAAGUAGAAGUGAUGGUUUCUGAAAGCUCAAGUGAUCAAGUCGGGGAAACUAGUCAUGAGAGAGGUAAUUUGAUGGACCAAGAUGAAAAAGAAAGCUAUAAAGUUUCACCACUUUUGGAGUCAAAAUCCGCAUCUACAAGCAAAGAAAACCACGAGGUGAAGAAAUCAUCAGAAAGCCGAGCGGAUGGGGUAGAUACAGAGACUUCUCAAAUCCCAGACGAGGAGAAGAAACCCCGCUGUUAUACAGGCAUACCUGCCCCGUCCACGGUUCCACCAGUAAACCCCUUGAGACCUAUCUUUCCAACAGUUGUGGACCCAGUUCAAAGUCAAAUGUUUGCAGCUUUACAAGCUUUAAAGGUUAUUGAAUCUGAUGCUCGGCCUUAUGAUUUAUGUACACGCCGUGAAUUCGCUCGUUGGUUGGUUUCUGCAAGCAAUGUUCUAUCGAGGAACUCAGCAUCGAAAGUGUAUCCUGCUAUGUACAUCGAGAAUGUUACUGAACUUGCAUUUGAUGAUAUCACACCUGAAGAUCCUGAUUUUCAAUUCAUUCAAGGUUUGGCAGAGGCAGGAAUUAUCUCAAGCAAACUCUCCAACCACAACAUGUCUUCUUCUGAGAGCAGUCAGCUUAAGUUCUCACCAGAAAGUCCUCUUUCACGUCAGGAUCUUUUGAGCUGGAAGAUGGCUUUGGAAUUCCGACAUCUCCCAGAAGCGGAUAGCAAGAAGUUGUACCAACUUUCUGGCUUUGUUGACAUUGAUAAAAUAAACCCAGAAGCGUGGCCUGCUCUUAUAGCCGACUUAUCUGCUGGAGAGAAUGGAAUAACAGCACUUGCCUUUGGGCGUACCAGAUUGUUUCAGCCGUCUAAAGCAGUUACAAAAGCCCAAACAGCUGCGUCUCUUGCAACUGGUGAAGCUUGUGAAGCAGUUAGUGAGGAGCUAGCUCGUAUCCAAGCAGAGGCUAUGGCUGAAAACGUGGUUUCUGCCCAUAACGCGCUGGUUGCUCAGGUGGAGAAGGAGAUCAACGCCAGCUUUGAGAAAGAGCUUUUAAGAGAAAAAGAAACGGUAGAUGCGGUGGUGAAAUUGGCUGAAGAAGCAAAAACGGAGAUGACAAGGCUUAGAGUUGAGAAAGAAGAGGAGACUCUCGCAUUGGAGAAAGAACGCACGUCGAUUGAAACGGAAAUGGAGUCUCUUGCAAGGCUACGCAACGAGCUUGAGGAACAACUUCAAAGCCUUGUGAAUAACAAGGCAGAGAUGUCGUUUGAGAAGGAGAGGCUUGGUAGACUUCAAAAGCAAGUGGAGGAGGAGAACGAGGAGAUACUAAGGUUGCAGAGUGAGCUUGAGGUUGAGAGGAACGCUUUAUCCAGAGCCAGGGACUGGGCGGAGGAUGAAGCGAGAAGAGCAACAGAGCAAGCAAAAGUGCUGGAAGAAGCUAGAGGGCGUUGGGAGAAGUAUGGCCUGAAAGUGAUUGUUGACAGAGACCUCAGUGAACAGACAACAACCGAGGCUACGUGGUUGAACGCUGGGAAGCAAUAUUCCGUCGAAGGAACCAUGAACAGAGGUGAGAAUGCGGUUGCUAAGCUCAAGAAGAUGGCGCAAGAUGUAAGAGAGAGAUCCAGAGAUGUUAUCUACUCGAUUGUAGAGAAGAUAAGGCUUUUGAUAUCAGCUUUGGAGAAACAAGUUCGUGGAAUGAGCAACAAAGCCAAAGAGGUGGAAAUGAAAACAAAGUCAAGAGCGGAAGAUUUAAGGAAACAAGCGGGCUUGAAGAUUGGUGAGAUCAGAGAUGUCUCUAUGAUGCGAACUAAGGAGGUUGUGGAAGAGUUUAAGGAUAGAGUAUGGAAACUCAAGUCAAAAUAGGUUUUUUGAGGUUUAGUUGUCCUCAACAAGUCGCAGAACAUCACCGGCUAAACAAAUCUUUAAAGCGUUGCAUUUUUAGCUUUGUUUCGAGUUGUUUAUCUUGUAAGAUUUCUGGAUGUUAAAAACUUUCUUCUUGUAGUAAAACAUUUUUUGACAUGUA